GCAUCUUGCUUGGUAAUGCUAUUUAAUAGCUGUGUUUUGCUCCACGCACCACUGCGUUGACCUAAUACCACUAAGAUAGCAGGAUAGAGCAACACGUCGACAAUGCGCUCAGCUCUGAAAGCAAGCCAGGCCUCCAGGCCAUGCAGCACGGGGCACUGCCGACAUAUGGGGCGGCGACAGCUACUCAUCCGGGCGCAGGCACAGCCCACGUCCCCCUCGCAGUUACCCAGUGACACUCCUAUCAGCACUAGCAAAAUCUGCAAUGACGCGACGGAAGUAAUUGGCAACACCCCCAUGGUUUAUCUUAACCGUCUCACGAAGGGCUGCGCAGCCCGUGUGGCUGCCAAGCUGGAGAUCAUGCAGCCCUGCUCUAGCGUCAAGGACCGCAUCGCCCGCCACAUGAUCGAGGACGCGGAGCGCCGCGGCCUCAUCCGCCCCGGCGAGACCACCCUGGUGGAGCCCACCAGCGGCAACACCGGCAUCGGCCUGGCCUUCAUCGCGGCCGCCAAGGGCUACCAGCUGGUGCUCACCAUGCCCGCCAGCAUGUCCCUGGAGCGGCGGGUGCUGCUGCGCGCCUUCGGGGCGCAGCUGGUGCUCACGGAUCCCGCCAAGGGCAUGCGCGGCGCGGUGGAGAAGUGCAACGAGAUCGCCGCCCGCACACCCAACUCCUUCAUUCUGCAGCAGUUCGAGAACCCAGCCAACCCCGAGGUGCACCGCCUCACUACAGGUCCCGAGAUCUGGCGCGACACGGCGGGCCAGGUUGACAUCCUGGUGGCGGGUGUGGGCACCGGCGGCACCAUCACCGGCACCGGCGAGUACCUGAAGGGGCUCAAGCCCAGCGUGCAGGUGGUGGCGGUGGAGCCCGCGGAGAGCCCCGUGCUGUCGGGGGGCCGGCCCGGACCUCACAAGAUCCAGGGCAUCGGUGCCGGCUUCGUGCCCGCCGUGCUCAACACCACCGUGUAUGACGAGGUCAUUCAGGUCCGCAGCGAUGACGCGGUGGCCAUGGCCGCCCGACUAGCCACGGAGGAGGGCCUCAUGUGCGGCAUCAGCUCGGGGGCGGCGGUGGCGGCGGCGGUCAAGGUUGCUAAGCGGCCUGAGAACGCCGGCAAGCUGGUAGCCGUGGUGCUGCCGUCGUUUGGCGAGAGGUACCUUUCCUCAGUGCUCUUCAACCACCUCCGAUUGGAAUGCGAGUCGCUCAAGCACUACGAUUAAAGCUACUUGCAUGCAGCUCGCGUCGGAUUGGAUUGCAGUGCAUAAUCGGCAAAAGCAAAAUGGGCGCCGCUUAUGUGACUUAGGCACGCGCGCGCGCCUGUGGCAGGCAGCUUGGGGCGCAAGAGUGGUUUGUGAGCGCGAUCCCGGAGGUUAGUAAUGAUGUGAGUCGGAGUUGCUCGAGGAGGUUGAUAUGAUACGACCAUUGCUCAGGAGGUCAUUGUCGGAAUGGAUUGAUCAUAAGCGCGGGAGCGGGCAUGCUCGAUUGGGCUUGGCGCGCUAAAGCGUAUGACGCGAUGGCGGGAACCCUCACGCAAAAGCCUUGAAUGCGCUAUCGUUGCUGGCCGUUCGAUGGCUCAAGAAGCGCAGCGUUGCAACCCAUUAUGGUGCAGUGGAGGGGCUAAGUUUGGAAGUUGUUUUGGGUUUGGAGUUGGAUGACUCCGAUGACGAAGCAGUACGGGCUUCGUCUUGCCGGGACCUUCUCAGCUUUCGGAAAGGGCACCCUAUAUAAUUGCUGCAAACCAUUCUAUUCCGUAAAGGAAACUCUCUCUAUGCCCCAACCACCUUGUGACCUGAUUGUCCAGUGAACUCCCCGGUCAUUCUGAUUUGUAGCCGCCCA